AUGGCUUCUGCACAUUCUUCAGCUCUCAGUUCUCUCUCUUCUCUCUCUUUCCGUUCCUCUUCUUCUUCCUCUUGUUUCUCUCUCCUCCCCACGUCCCACAAACUCACAUUCCCUCUCCUCACCAAAACCCCAAUCUCCAUCUCCACAACCCCAACCACCACUCUCUCCUUCACCGCCAAAGCCACCCCCAUCGACGACAACGAAUCCAUCUCCGAAGAAGGCCUUCCUUUCAACCCACCCGAAGGCCAGGAAGGCUUCAUCGCCUCACCUUUCAUAAUCGACGGACCAGUAGAAGACGAAGACGAAGUCACCGCCGCGUAUGAAAAGCUUUACGGCGUGGGGUACAGUGGAGUGAGUGUUCUCGGAAAUGAUAUAUACGCGAUGGAUGCGAACAUUAAGAAGCAGACUGGGUUUGGUUCUGGAAAGAAGAAGAGAGAGAGGUUUAGAGAUGGAUUGGAAGAAAGAAUUGUUCAAGUAAGAAGGAUUACUAAGGUUGUUAAAGGAGGGAAACAGAUGAAGUUUAGGGCUGUUGUUGUUGUUGGUGAUAAGAAAGGACAAGUUGGUGUUGGUGUUGGAAAGGCUAAGGAAGUUGUUUCUGCUGUUCAGAAAUCUGUUAUUAAUGCUAGGAGGAAUCUUAUGAAAAUCCCCAUGACUAAGUACUCCACAUUUCCUCAUAGAGCAGACGGAGAUUAUGGAGCAGCAAAGGUGAUGCUUAGACCCGCUUCUCCUGGUACCGGAGUUAUUGCAGGUGGAGCUGUGAGAAUUGUUCUUGAAAUGGCAGGCGUUGAGAAUGCUUUGGGGAAACAACUAGGAAGUGACAACGCACUCAACAAUGCAAGAGCAACUUUAGUUGCAGUGCAGAAAAUGAAGAUGUACAGUCAGGUCGCCGAAGAGCGCGGGAUCUCUAAGGAAGAGUUAUAUUACUAA